GAUUUGCCCCCCCUUUUUUGUAGUCUUGUGAUGGCUUUUCCCCCAUUAAAGCUUAAAUUCCCAGGUGUUUCCUCCCACUUACUUCCACAUUUCCCCAUUUCCUCAACCGACGGCGUCGGCCGAAACAACGACAAAUGGAGAAGGAGUCGGAAAACCUCCUCCGAGUCUGCCGGAAAAGAGUGGUCUCCGACCUCCUCAAAGGCAGAGAAAUGGCAACGAGGCUCCAAACCCUCCUCCAACGCAGCCCCGGCACCGCCGCCGAAGGCCUCAGCGGAUCGUCGCCGUCCGUUCAUAGCAAACUCUCUCUUGAGAUCUUCAGGUCUUUCUCCGACGCCAUAUCCCAGCUCAACAACUGUUGCGCUGCCCCGCCGCCGCCCGGCCGCCAGCGGGGGAUCUUAUUAUCUAACGACUCCGACGACGGUCAGAAGUUUUGGUUGGAUGAGCCUGCCCGGAAGCGGGUGCAGGAAAACGGGGCGUCGCCCCCGGGCAGGACUGGUAGAGGUGGUUACAAAAGAAGAAAAAACAGUGGAGAAGAGACCCGGACAAAUGUGUGUAAAACAAUGGAAGAUGGAUAUGCAUGGAGAAAAUAUGGCCAGAAACACAUCCAUAAUUCACUACAUCCUAGGUGCACCCAGAAGGGGAGAGAAGGGUGCAAAGCAACAAAGCAGGUCCAAAGAAUCUCCCAAGAUGAGUUCCAAACCACAUACUUUGGUCACCACACUUGCAUCCACUCACACAAUCCCUCCAAUAAAAAUCACCAACACCCACGAGAACAUGGAGGAGAUCUUGAUGAUGACUCUUGUUCUUCCUGUUUAUACUGUAACGACGAUCAUCGUCGUUGCAACCAAAACGCGGCGGAGGCGGAGGAGGAGGAGUCACCGCUGGCGGUGGCGGCGACAUACCAUCCACACCGAGAUAUGGGCGGCGUUGUUGAUGAUGAUGAUGUUGAUUAUGAGAGGUGCUUUGAGAAUCUUGACAACCUUUUCCGGUCGGAGGAGAUGCCACUUGCCUUUUUGGACGAUAAAGACUAAUCAUGCACUAAUCAUUAUUUUGCCAUGCAUGAUAUCGUCUUCACUAGUUCUUAAAGAGAAUUAAUUGGAAUUUAAAAUACUCUUAGUUAAAUUUGGGAUAAAUAUAGUUACACCAAAGAUGUUAUUAAGGUUGACACUUGACACCACGAGUACUGGUGGUGUUAGUAUUGAUGUCAAACUUAAUGUUAUAGUAGCAUUAUAUUAUUGUUAUAUACUCGGAGUAUUAAAUUCGGUGGUACUUA